AUGGCCUCAGUGUUUGCCAUUAAUGAGAUCAUGGGAAAUCCAAAACUCUUGCCCAAUGUCACUCUUGGGUUUCACAUCUACGACAGCUGCUCCAAUUCAAGGAUAACCUACCGUACUACUCUGGACAUGGUCUGCAAAUCACAUAGUUUUUUCCCUAACUAUCAAUGUGGCAUCCCCAAAAAUGUAAUAGGAGUCAUUGGAGGACUUGAAUCUGACACCUCCACACGAAUGGCAGACAUCUUAGGUCUUUACAAGAUCCCACAGUUUUCUUAUGGCUCCUUUGAACCAGCUGCGAAUGAUCAAAGCAAUUGCCCAGCUUUUUACCGCAUGGUCCCCAAUGAAAUCCUACAGUAUGAGGGAUUUGUCCAGUUACUUGUGCAUUUUGGAUGGACCUGGGUAGGGCUCAUGACAAUGGACACCGAAGCUGGAGAGCAUUUCUCAAAGGUCUUUGAGACCAUGCUUUCUCAGAGUGGAAUCUGUUUAGCAUUCCAGGAAACUUUUCCAAAAAAUGUGCAUUUCAUCGGCAUGGAGGAAAUCGUGACUCUCUUUCUCAACAUUGUCCCAGAUUUCAUGAGGAGCACAGCCAACGUAAUUGUUUUAUAUGGAGAAACUGCAUCCAUUGCAUGGGUGACAGGUAUUAUAUUUGUAAAAACACUCUUUCCUAUAACAGCUGCUGAUUAUGAGUUAAGUUCUAUAGCGAGAGUGUGGAUUAUGACAGCUCAAAUGGAUGUCACAUUGCAUAUAGUUCAGAGGGAUUUUAAAAUGCAAACGCUCCAUGGUGCCAUCUCCUUCGCAAUUCACUCAAAGAAGGUUCAAGGCUUCCAAGAAUUUCUUCAGACUAUCAACCCUUUGAAGGCAAAGGGAGAUGGUUUUAUUAAGGAUACCUGGGAGAAUGCAUUUAGCUGUUCUGUUUCGACAGACUAUGUUGAUGAUCUCUGUACUGGGGAGGAGAGAUUAGACAGCCUUCCUGCAACUUAUUUUGACAUGAGCAUGACUGGCCACAGCUACAGUAUCUAUAAUGCGGUCUAUGCUCUGGCACAUGCCUUACAUAUUACAUACUCAUCAAGAUUCAGUAGAAGAGCAAAGGAGGAUGGGAGACGAUUGGCCCCUCAUAGUGUGGAACCUUGGCAGAUUUUCUCUUUAAUUCAGAGGAUCUCUUUCAACAACAGUAUUGGUGAUGAAUUUAAGUUCAAUGAACAUGGAGAGUUAGCAGCCGGGUUUGAUAUUACAAACUUGAUCACAUUCCCAAAUAAUUCCUAUGUCAGAGUCAAAGUGGGAAGGUUGGAGCCACAGGUAUCAUCUGGCAUAAACCUCACCAUUGAUGACACGAGAAUUGAGUGGCAUGAAAACUUCAGUCAGGUACGUCCCUUCUCCCAGUGUAAUGAAAAAUGUCCUCCUGGUACCAGCAAGAAAAAGAAAGAGGGGGAGAAAUUUUGUUGCUAUGAUUGCACUUCGUGUCCGGAAGGGAAGAUUUCAGACCAGCAGGACAUGGAUUUUUGCAUCAGCUGCUCAGAAGAUCAGUACCCAAAUAAGGAAAAGGAUCACUGCCUCCCCAAAGUCCAGACCUUCCUCUCUUUCGAAGAACAUUUGGGUAUUUCUUUAGCAACACUGGCUCUAUACUUUUCCCUGGUCACAGCUCUGGUACUUGCAGUCUUCAUUAAGCACAGGGACACGCCCAUUGUCAAAGCCAACAACCGAAGCCUUACCUAUAUUCUCCUGAUCGCUCUCCUUCUUUGCUUUCUCUGCUCUUUGCUCUUCAUUGGACAACCCAAUAAGGUGACCUGCCUGCUCCGACAAACAGCAUUUGGCAUCAUCUUCUCCAUUGCUAUUUCUUCAGUUUUGGCCAAAACCAUUACAGUGGUUGUAGUUUUCAUGGCCUCCAAACCAGGAAGCAUUUUCCGGAAAUGGGUGGGGAAAAGGUUGGCACUUUCAAUUGUCUUUUCCUGUUCUCUUACUCAGCUAGGCAUCUGUGCUGUUUGGUUGGCCACAUCUCCCCCAUUUCCAGGUCAGGACAUGCACUCAGUGUCUGGAGAAAUCAUUGUGGAAUGUAAUGAAGGGUCAGUCUCCAUGUUCUACUGUGUCUUGGGCUACAUGGGCUUUUUGGCAACCAUCAGUUUCAGUGUAGCUUUCCUAGCCAGAAAGUUGCCAGACAGUUUCAAUGAAGCCAAGUUCAUCACUUUCAGCAUGCUGGUCUUUUGCAGUGUGUGGCUAUCCUUUGUUCCAACCUACCUGAGCACCAAGGGAAAAUACAUGGUAGCUGUGGAAAUCUUCUCCAUCUUGGCCUCCAGUGCUGGGUUGCUAGGCUGCAUCUUUUCUCCAAAAUGCUACAUUAUUAUUUUGAGGCCUGAGUUGAACAACAGGGAACAGCUAAAACGAAGAAAUAAUUGA